AUGGGCAUCCCCGAAACACUCGACGACGACGCCCUGCGUCCCGUCCCCACCAUCCGCUCAUACUCUGCCAUCAACAACCCGCUCGCUGACGAGGCCCAGGGCAUCCUCGACGACGAAUCUCCCCUCCUCUCGCCCUCCUUCUCCGCCGCCGAUGGCCCCGUCGUCCUCCCCAAGGGCCGUAUCGGCCGCCUCAUCAACUUCCUCCGCGGCCCGCGCCCCCCGCGUCCCUCCACCGUCUCCCUGCUCUACCCCCCGAUCCAGCUCUUCCCCAUGAAGCUCGGCCGGUCUGUCCGCAAGCGCACCCGCGUCUCCGCCAUCGUCCUCUACCUCUGCUCCUGGUUCCUCAUCUUCGUCUUCCUCUCCCGCAAGUCCCGCUUCUCCCCCCUCGUCUCCUCCGGCGAGGACAUCGAGCUCCUCGAGUGCAACAACAACCCCCUCUGGAUGACCCAGAACUACCACGCCUGCGGCCUCGACGCGAAGAACUGCGACCCCUUCUCAAACACAACCCUCUCCUUCCGCUGCCCGUCCUCCUGCGCCGGUGCCGCAAAGUACUCCAUGUCCGCCGUCGGCACCGAGAACGUCAUCUACAAGCCCUAUGUCAUCGGCAACGAAGACGGCUACCGCGCUGACUCCUUCAUCUGCGCCGCCGCCGUCCACGCCGGCGUCAUCUCUCAGCUCAACGGUGGCUGCGGCAGAGUCAUCUUCUCCGGCCCGCGCGACGAGUUCCCCAAGUCCUCGCAGAACGGCGUCGAGACCAUCGAGUUUGACUCCUACUUCCCGGCCUCCUACGUCUUUGACCGCUCCCUCGUCGCCGAGAACUGCCUCGAUCUCAGAUGGGCCAUCACCGGCGUCAACAUCGCGCUCUCCGCCAUCUUUGCCUACUUUGUCUACUCCCCCGCCGCUUUCUUCUGGGGAAUGUUCAUCAUGGGCUUCUGGACCAUCGUCCUCGCCUCCGACCCUCCUCCUACCAACAAGCUCCCCAACCCGGGCGCAGAGGUCAUCUCCAUCGCCUUCGAGCGUCUCCUUCCCACCGCCUUCAUCGGCUAUGUCAUCAUGAACGUCGCCAUCCGUCCGCAGAUGACAAACAUCCGCGCGCAGAUGACCAAGGCCGUGCUCUGGGUCGGUGCCUUCUGGGUUGGCGCUCUCAACAACUACACCUUUGACGAGCUGCCGCUCGACCGCUUUGUCGCCGAGGACAUCAAGAACCUUCCUGGUGGCAUCGUCGCCAUCACCUUUGUGUUGCUCGCCAUCUUCCUCGGUGCUUGUGGUCAGACAUUCACGAUCUGGAAGAACAACAAGUUCUUCCCCUACCUUGCCGGCUACUCGAUCGUCUUCACAACCUUGAUCGUCAUGGCGCUCGUGCCCGAGGAGACCCUCCGUAUCCACCACUACAUCCUCGGUCUGCUCAUCCUCCCCGCGACUGCCUUCCAGAGCUCAAUCUCGAUUCUCUGGCAGGGUCUCGCGGUGGGUAUGUUCCUCAACGGCGCAACCCGCUGGGGCUACGACUCCAUCCUGCAGACCGAGUACCAGCUCAACCGCGGCGGACCGCGCAACACCGACCUCGCGCACUUCACCACCAACGCGACCAACUUUGACGGCGACUGGGUCGCGUGGGACUAUCCGUACAAGUCCCACGACGGAGCCAACUACACCGGCUUCAGUCUCUUGAUCAACGACGUCGAGCGGUACAGAGGACCACACAUGAACAUCUCGCUCAUGGAGUUUUACAACAUGACCAAUCUCGAGUACCAGGGAUACAACUAUAACUGGUACUUUAGAAUCGGAAUGUACUCUGAUGAAGGCGAAUGGUCCGACUACACAAGAGCCGCCACCGCUCUUGCCCACAACGGCAGCUGGGUUGAUCCCCAGCCCGGCCCUUCAUAG